CAGAGACAUACAAAAAUUUUAUUGCAAAAAAAAAAAAUAAAUACAAUCAAAGAGAAACGAUUCUGUAUUCUAAUCCGGAAAAACCUUGAUUGAAAAUAAAAUAAAAUCGUACCUAAUAACAACAACAACUAUAAGCCAGCACUCAAUGUGAAUUUACAUAUAUAGUGAAACAAUGAUGAUAAAUACUAGAAAUUAAAAGCUAGUGACAAAAAAUUAAUUUUUUUAUAAAGGAAGAAUAAAAAAAAACCAAAAAAAUUUAGUGAUACCAUCGAUAGUUUAAGCUUUGAAGAGAGAAAAUUAAGUGAAUUGUGAAAGUUAUCUCGGCAUUUAAGUCAGAAAAAGAAAGAAAAAUUCAAGCAAAAUAAAAAGAAAGAAAUAGUUUCAAAGUGAAAUCUACAAAAGAAAAGUGUACACAGAAAUAAAGAUAUAAGGAAAUUGAUUUUACAUGUGUGACGAUAAACGAUUGAGGAAGAAUUUUGUAGUUGAAAUAACUUAUUUUCAUUAAUGAUUGAAGAAACUCAGUCGUGAAAAUAAAUUGACAAGUGGGAAAAAUUCAAACGCGAAUUUUUCCACGUCCAAAAAAAACUUUUAGUUUUUUUCAAAUUUUCUUAUUACCAUUUCACCCGUAAAUUAGCCAAAGUGGAUACUCUGGCACUCUCGGGGUUAUCGCAUGUUAGGAUGGCUCUGGCAAGAUUGCCGGUAGUGAACGACUGUCCGGCAGGCCAAACUGCUAGAGUUACAUCCAAUCUGCACUCGUCUAGCAGCAGUACAAUGGCAGUAAGUCGAGUGCCAUCACCACCUCUGGCAGAGGUUAAUACGCCAGUUGCUGAAAAUUGGUGUUAUACUCAGAAUUGCCUUACAUCAGCUGAAAAGAGAGCAAAUGAGGAAGAGAAGUUUCACUUUAUGCACUUCGUUCAAUAUUUUGUCACAACUGAAUGA